AAACGCCGUCGUUUCAAAAGAGCCCAAGAGCCACCUUAGUCCGCCCGUCCUCAAUUUCGAGGUUUCUGUUCAUUCCAUCUCUUGGAAAAAUCCCCUUGAAAGUUUGAAACUCGCAUCUCUCUUCUCCUCACUGUUUCAAAUUGCACUCAACUGAAGGGGAGGGACAUGGAUCCAAAUUCAGUUAAAUCAACUUUAUCUAACCUAGCUUUUGGCAAUGUUAUGGCAGCGGCUGCUCGUGAUUAUCAGAAGGAAUUGAUUGCUCAAGAUAAAGCGCAGACAUCAAGUUCUAUCAACCAAGAGGUUGACCUCGAUGAGUUGAUGGAUGAUCCUGAGCUGGAAAAACUGCAUGCGGACAGGAUUGCAGCUCUGAAGAGAGAAGUUGAGAAACGAGAAGCCCUAAAGAAGCAAGGACAUGGAGAGUACAGGGAGAUAAGUGAGGGGGAUUUCUUGGGUGAAGUCACUGGCAGUGAGAAAGUUAUUUGCCACUUCUACCAUAGGGAGUUCUAUCGGUGCAAAAUAAUGGAUAAGCAUUUGAAGGCUCUUGCACAAAGUCAUCUUGAUACCAAGUUCAUCAAGCUGGACGCAGAGAAUGCACCCUUCUUUGUUACCAAGCUUGGAGUCAAAACUUUACCUUGUGUCAUACUGUUCAGGAAAGGGGUUGCAAUUGAUAGGCUGAUUGGAUUUCAAGAUUUGGGAGGAAAAGAUGAUUUCACCACAAAAUCACUCGAGAUUCUUCUGAUGAAGAAAGGUAUAAUUAGUGAGAAGGAAGACAAUGAAGAGGAUGAUUAUCCUGAAAGCAGACGCAAGACUGUAAGAUCAUCUGUGGAUCCAGACUCUGAUUCUGAUUGAAUAAACAGUGCAAAAGAACCUGCAGAUUUAUGCCUCCUUUUUUUUUUUUUUUAAUUUGAAUUUAAAUGUGUGAUUGUAUCAUUAUUUUACUUGUUCUAUUUCGUCUAUCACCUCUAAAAAAUUUCCUCAAAUCAACAUUAGUAGGACUACUAUUUAGUCAUCAGGCCAUUGAUAUUGAUUUGAUCCUUUAUGCUGAUUAGACUACAUUGAACCAAUUAUAAGAUUAUAUGAAGUAACAAGUUAGCUGUUGCAAGUAGGCUAAAUCCACCCUGAUGCCUUCUUGUAAUUUGUUGUU